AAGGUGGGCCUGGGGGGCGUUAGAAGCCGCCCUGGGCCUCCGCUGAGCCCUGAGGGGGGACUGAGGAGCCUGGGCGGAGCCCGGAGCUCCGCGCGAUGCGGCUCCCAGUGCUGAGCCUCCCUGUGUUGCCUGCGCUGCGGAGUGGGCGUACGUGUCCCUACCACCCCGCCGCUCGAACGCGCGGGAGCCGUGUCUGAGGGGACGCGGAGGUCGUCGGUGAGCGCGGCGCCUGACCGGACGUGGCCCGCGCGCUAUUUUUGGCAUCCGCAGGGGCGCCUGUGCCUGGGCGAGUUUUCCUUCCGUAGGUGCGGGCAGCCGCGGCGCCGCCGCCCAAGCUGACUCCUCUCUCUCCUCUCCCCAUCCCGACAGGCCCCAGGGGUGAUUCUGCCUGUGCGAUGUCCUCCUUGUUGGAGGGGAGCUCUUUGUAGGCGCCACGUCGCGAUCAAAAAGACAAAGAAAAAAAGAAAAGAAAAAGGAGAAGAAGCAGCCAGGAAAGGGGGCGGUAACGGCGGCGGGGGGUGGGGGUGUCACCUGGGUCAAGAGCAGCCUCGCUAUGACAGCGGCGGGAUUUUCAAAGGAGAUUGCAGCCUCCCAGUGUCCAGGGAAGAAGCCCUGGCCAGCCCUCCAGGGGACCUCGAGGCGUGGAGCUCGCGCGGAUCCCUAGCCCGGCCUCCGGGUCUGGUCCCUAGGACAGUGAGCCAGGCGGACUGCACCGCCAGAGCAGCAUCAUCAAGGCCCAACACAGGCUGGAUGUCGAAUUGCCAAUACUUCAAUCCGAACAUGAGAGGAGAAUGAUGGCUAUGCAAAUGAUGACCAACUCAAUAAGUGAUGCCAUGGAGAGGUACAAGGAGCUCAUACAAGUGAACAGUUCCUACCACAUCAGGCACUCCCAGCUCCUGCGUGAACAAGCUCAAUUGAAGAACAAUAUACAGAUUUUGCUGAAUGAGAAGAGAGAACUGCUGGUGGAGCAGACUGAACUGCCAGCAUCCUCUGUGGAGGCAAAGAGGUUCUGUGAAGAGGCCGGAAUGAACAUCUGUGACCCCAGUGCCAAGCAACAGCAGGCAGCGCUAUGAGUUUUCCUGUUAGCACAGCUUUCAUUGUGUCCCAUAAGUUUGGGCCUGAAAUUCUCCAGCAGAAACUCGAACAUGACACAGACCAGGACAAGAUCUCCCUUGGAGAGAAGAGCUACAGGAGGAGAACUAAGUGUGCACAGCAAAUACACCACUAUUGCAUCUCAUCUGUAAUGUCCAUAGCAAUUGUAGACUGCAUUUCCACCUUUAGUUUAAUUUCUUUUGAUUGAAUAGGUCGUACUUUCACCUCGCCUCUCUGCAGCAAGUGUGUACUUUUGGAGGGACUCAGAGAACUGCUGAUGCACAUCAAUCAAGAGCUCCUGGUCAUCCCAGAAAGACUGUGCACAUGUAAAUUUGUACUUGUCCUGAUGGGUCAUCCAGAAGGGUUUCAUGGAGAUCAGUUCACACAUUGGAAAGACUUUGAGACAAAGUCUGUAAUAUCAUUUAUACUCAGUGUUGAAUUGCUUUUUCCUUCAUACCCCCACUCCAACAAAACAGACCUACUCCCACUCCUCUUGAAAAGAUUAUUACCAUCAGUAACUGCUUGUCUACUAUGUCUCCAAGCAAGCCACAGGAUAUAAGUCUAUUCUGCAAAAGGAGCAGCAAAAGAAUGCUUAGCGCAAUUCCUCUAUUUAAAGUUUGGUUGAGUUUUGAUUAUUUUGGUUAUUUGGUUUUCCUUCUAUUCAUUUGAAGUUUUGUUAUUUAUGAGUUGUUGUUUUGUUCAUUUGCUUUUCUGUUUUGAUAAGGAUAUAGACUGCAUAUAUUGACUACCUGCAUCUGGUUACUAUCAAGUAAAUUGAAUGUAUUCUGGUGAAUAAAAGAGUAAUCUCAAA